AUGAACUUCCAACCUUCAGAUUACCUCGCAGACCUAAAUCUAGAGUUUGAGCUGCCUGUUCUUGACGAACAGAGCUCGGGCUCUAUUCCUGACUUGGAUGUUUUUUCCCAUACUGACUUUUUCGACUUGGACGUUUUCCUGGCCGACCACUCGGCGCCUUCCAAGCAACAGCAACAGCAACAACAACAGCAGCAGCAGCAACAACAGUACCAGCAGUUCCCAGUUAAGGUUGAACUUCCUUCCCAGAGAUCGCCAUUGGCUCAGAUUAAAGAGGAGGAGACAGAGAGCGUCGCCGAACAGCAACUGCCUUUGGAAAGCGAGUACCACAGAAACUCUGUGGACGAGCUCAAGAGGAAGAAGAACACGGCUGCUUCCGCUCGUUUCCGGGUGAAGAAGAAGUUGAAGGAGAAGCAGAUGGAGGAUAGAGCAAGGGAGCUCCAGGACAAGUUGAGCCUGCUUGAAAAGAAGGUGAAGACACUUGAGAUGGAGAACAAGUGCUUGAAGCAAUUGAUCUUGGAAAAGAACGAGAAGCGCAACCUGGACUUGUUGGACCUGAUCAAGAAGAGGUCACUCGAGACGCCUGCUUACUCGUUCACGUAG